CCAUAUACAUGCUCUCCUUAUUUGCUAGAACUACAUUAUAUACCUUUGUGUGAGCGUAUCUAUCUCUCUCUUCAAUGUAGCUAGCAAUCAUUUUGCAUAUAAGAAAGAAAAAGAAGUUGCCAUUAUAAUCAAGAAAGAAGAGGUUGUGUAAUUAUUUGAUGGAAGUUAGCCGGAAAAUGGACUUGAAUCUCAAGGAAACUGAGCUAUGUUUGGGACUGCCUGGUGGAGAAGUAAGAGCAGCUAUUGCUGAUCAGAAUAAUAUUGAUUCCAUCAAUAAGAAGAGAGGAUUUUCUGAGACUGUUGAUCUGAAACUCAACCUUCAAUCCAAUGAUUCUUCUGGCUUAGAUCUGAAGAAGGAUAAAAUGAAGAAUCCUUCCAAGGAAACUUGUAACAAGGACUCAGCCAAACCACCGGCAAAGGCGCAAGUGGUGGGUUGGCCACCAGUGAGAUCUUUUAGGAAGAACAUAAUGGCACAAAAAGGCAGCAGCAUUUGUGAAGAAAGUGAGAAUUCGAAGGGAGGAAGCAGCAGUGCAGCAUUUGUGAAGGUCUCAAUGGAUGGCGCACCUUACCUUCGAAAGGUAGACUUGAAGAUGUACAAAAGCUACCAACAACUCUCUGAUGCUUUGGCCAAGAUGUUCAGCUCCUUUACCAUGGGUAAUUAUGGGGCCCAAGGAAUGAUAGAUUUUAUGAAUGAGAGGAAACUGAUGGAUCUCCUCAACAGUUCUGACUAUGUACCUACCUAUGAAGAUAAGGAUGGGGACUGGAUGCUCGUGGGAGAUGUACCUUGGCAGAUGUUUGUUGAUUCAUGCAAGCGUUUACGCAUAAUGAAAGGAUCUGAAGCUAUUGGACUUGCACCAAGAGCCAUGGAGAAAUGCAAGAGCAGGAGCUGAAAAUGUUGAUGAAGCAGUUUAGUUGAGGAGGAAGUUGUGGUUUCCAUGUGUCUGUAUUUUUAUUUGAUGGUAUAUGUAGAUAAUUCAAGAAAUGAUCUUUGGAAAUUUGUUGUGGAAAAGAAGCAGCAAUAAACAGAAAACCCUAAUGUCUGGUUUGUUUAUUACUAAUGGGGCUUUAAUAAUUGUCCCUCAAUUUCUUUCUCCUCUUUGGGUGGUUACGUUGUUCUUGUCCUCGCUGUUAUAUAUAGUGAUUGAGUGUUUUAUUCCUUCAUUUAAAUGACAUUUUUCCAGUAACCGGAUUUUCCGCA